CUGGGCUCUGGGCAAAGUGCACUUCCCCUCCCCAUUGAGUGUGUCCUGGCCCUUAGCUGACUUUGACUGGGGGAGCAAGUGCAAGGGGGUGUGCACUCUACCCAAGUGGAAGCUGCAGGGGCUAUCCCUUGCUUCUGCUGUGGUUUUUCUCUGUCAUAAGAGUACACUAGAGAGAGGGCUGCAUUCAGAAUAGAGAGACAUGACACAUGGAGAAAAAACCAGCACCAUCAGCCUGCAAUAACAGAGGAAACACAAAAAUAGAAGAGGCUUGUGAAAUGUAUACCAGAGCUGCAAAUAUGUUCAAGAUGGCAAAAAAUUGGAGUGCUGCAGGAAAUGCAUUUUGUCAGGCAGCCAAGCUCCACAUGCAGCUUCAGAGCAAGCAUGAUUCUGCCACCAGCUUUGUGGAUGCUGGGAACGCUUACAAAAAGGCAGACCCUCAAGAGGCUAUCAACUGCUUAAAUGCAGCCAUCGACAUUUACACAGACAUGGGAAGGUUUACGAUUGCAGCCAAGCACCACAUCACCAUUGCAGAGAUCUAUGAGACUGAACUCGUGGACAUCGAGAAGGCUAUCGCACAUUAUGAACAAUCAGCUGAUUAUUACAAAGGGGAAGAAUCCAACAGUUCAGCUAACAAGUGUCUGCUGAAAGUGGCAGCGUAUGCCGCCCAGCUGGAGCAGUACCAGAAAGCCAUCGAGAUCUACGAGCAGGUUGGGGCAAACACUAUGGAUAAUCCUUUGUUGAAGUACAGUGCAAAGGACUACUUCUUUAAAGCAGCCCUCUGUCACUUCAUAGUAGAUGAGCUGAAUGCCAAGCUUGCUCUUGAGAAGUAUGAGGAAAUGUUUCCAGCUUUUACUGAUUCAAGAGAAUGUAAGUUAUUGAAAAAACUUCUAGAAGCUCAUGAAGAACAGAACAGUGAAGCUUACACUGAAGCAGUGAAGGAAUUUGACUCAAUAUCUCGCUUGGAUCAGUGGCUUACGACCAUGUUGCUUCGUAUCAAAAAGUCCAUCCAAGGGGAUGGAGAAGGAGACGGGGACCUAAAGUGAACAUUAUGUCUUUGUGGCAUGCAGCUGACUCCUCUUUAGUUUCAUGUUAGGGCCACAUGAUCUUUAUGGGAUGCCCAUUUAAUGGCUUAAUUCUUUGCAUAUGAGCCAAACCAUGUGUGUGUGUAUGUGUAAGCUCCCUGUGUUUGUCUUUGUGAAGCAGACAGCUGGGAAGGUCCUGUGCGUAUCGUAGGUGUGAUAGGCUAUUCCAUGCUCACUGGAGCCCCCACGGUUUUUUGAGAACCACUUCACAAUCUUAUUCCUAUCAUUUUGAUAUUUGCAGAGCCCAUGUUUAACUUUGCCACGUAUUUUUAUGUCAUUUUCUUGGACUGGAGUACCAAACCUAAUCAUGGUAAUAGAUGCUUUGCCUGUUUUCUAUAAAUUCGUACCUGGAUGUAUUCUCUAAAUGUACAUGUUUAGUUCAGGAUGGCUGUUAGGAAUGAGUUUUAUGACUUCACUUAUUAGAAAUUGUUUAUUUGUUGUUGUGAUUCUUAUGAUGGUGCUAGUGACCAGUGUGUUUGCUUUUUAUAUUGUUGUAUUUGCUGAUGUGCAUGCGGAAAUUCAGAACAUCCAGGGUCUGUCAGCAGCGCUGACUUACGUUGUGAGAAAAGGGAGCUUCCUGGCAGGGCUUGCUUACGUGUAUGGGUGGAUGUCAGGGUGAGUUUGACCAAUUUGUACUCACUCACACAUGUAAGAUCUAUAAGAAACAAUUUUUCCUUUUCCUGGAAUUUGUUUCCACUUUUUGUUGGGGUGGAAUCCUUUCUUUAUAUUCACAUAAAUGUGAUUCAAUUGGCAUGUCCCUUUUAUUUUCAUGUUCAGAUACUUGCCCACGUUGAGACGGUGCCUGCUGUGCCCCCGCCAUGUGAUUCCUCAUCCGAGCUGGGGUUUAUCUAGGUCAGAGCUUGAGAGAACAGUCAUUAUUUUACCCAUUUGUUGAAUGUGUUGGGUUAGGUGGGGUAAGUAUAGGUACAGGGGUUUACUGUGUGUCCAGUUAGGGAAGAAGGCCAACCAGCUUCUGAGGAGGAUCGAUUUGCCUCUCGGUUGAUGGAGUUGUUUGAGCUUGUAUAUUUUAAUUUAGUUGUAUCAUUUUGGUUUACAUAAUAUGUGCUCUAAUGACUUAUAAGCUUACAUUCUGUGGCUUUAGACAUGCUCUUAUUUCCUGAAUCUUCUCUGUGCGUAUUCUUAUGCUUAAAUCACUUAAGUUUGAUAUGCAUUUGUUCCUAGACUAGUUUAGGGGUCUUUCUAAAUUAUGCUGCUGUCAUUAAAUACAGAUAACGAAAUUCCCCAUGUUAGGUCAGACAGUAACUGGAAUUUGAAGGGUGUUUUCAUUUUUAGAUGUCCCUCAGCUGGGAUUGGUAGGCUUUGGCUGGGCAGAAGUAGAGGGUGUGGCCAGUCCAGGGGCUGAGAGAGAAGGAAGGCAUAGGGGUGGUAAGCAGGUUGGGCUGGGAUGAAGGAGAACAUAGCAAGAAAGGAAGUUGGAAAGGGCCAGCUGAGUCCUGGUGGUGGAGGCUGUCCUUCAGGUGGCUGAGGAUUUCCUGGCUGCAGUUGUGGGGUCACCUGUGCACGGUAGCCUGGUGGGGAGGAAGGUCAGUGAUGGCUAGAGAGGAAGGUCAGAAGCCAUGGUACACUCUUGCCUUUGGCCCUGAAAUCUGAUGAGUGUUCCUUCCUUCCUCCAAAGGUCUGGGAUUCUUAGAAGAAAGAGGGCUAUCACGGUACAAUUGAGAACAUGACCCAUUUGCUACUUUCUUCACUUCCUAUUGGAAUCUCUUAAUGAAGAAAUGAUUUGCACAGAGUGGUUUCCUAUGCUCAGUCUGUUCCACAGCCAGCUGAAUGCACUUGUGUGAAAGUGAGGCAUGGUGAGUGCUUUCCUAGCCUGUGUCCUCAGGCUGUGAGUCUGUCCCACCUGGAGAGCAUUUAAAUCCUACCUGCCAGGUGCUUGUUUAAUCACUAGUGUGAAGGUUUGUUUCACUUGUUAAAAGGACCUUCUGGCCUGACCACUUGAAGUAAGAACAAGAUGAUUUCUCUUAAGGCGAUUCCUUUCCCUGCGCUCAUGCCCCCGACAAGCCCUAUCUGAGGAAGUGGUGUGGUUUGUGAAAACAGUUGGAGAGUUGCUUAUUUUUAUUGAAGUAAACAAGUAAACGGGGAUCAGUGGCUGAGUUAAUUUUCUGUGUUUAAUAUUUACAUGAAAAGAGUUAAAAUAAUUGUAAUGGCUAGAACAGAACUGCCAGAAAAUAAAAGGAAAAUGAGAACAGUCCUGUUAACAUUAUCCAAACUUCCUUCUUUUGAAAUGUCCCAUCAACGUCGGGUAGUACCAGGACUGAGGCCCGAGUUAGUUUUCAGGGGUUACAGAAUAUUCUUUAUGAACAAAAUAUAAUGAGUAUUUAUGUUCCAGCUCUUGUAUUUUAGCAGAUCGGGGGGUUAGUUCAUAGUCUGAGUCAGUCACAAUUUCUUACAGGAAAGCUUUGCUUUUUGUGGCAACAUUUUUAUAUAGCUUAUGUGAGUUCCUCCUUUUUUUAUUUAAUGAUUUGAAAACAGUAUUUUUGCACAGUUGUGACCGUGCGUGAUGACAUCCCUGUAACCAAAGUGUGUGCAUUUAUUGUAUCCUCUGAUACUGUGCAUUUAAAAUGUCCAAAUGCAAACCUUUGUGGCUUCCGUCGGAGGACCCGGCAGCACGGCAUGCCACCCGCGACCCGCCUGCCCACAGUGCGAGCUGUGGACCAGAGCAGGCUCCCGCCACCACGUGCUGAGCCGGCCAUCGCGGGGUCUCCUCCCUUGAGCUCUCGGGUGGAGGAUUAUAUUAUGAAAACUAACCGUGUGACCAUCACUCUACCUUAGCAGAAAGAGUGUGUAUGUUUUACAUCACCCUGUACAGAAAAUAAAGUGGAAAUUAUGAAUA